CCUUGUAUUAAGAGUAAAUCACUUAAAUUUAGCUCACUCGCCAGGAAUCUUCAGUUUUUAAAACACUCCUUCUCUGGGAAGAAAGUCGCUUUUUGUCGACCAAGUCACUUUCCAAGCGAGAGUUGUACGUUUGUGAUAUGAGGCAGUUGUUACUGUUUCUGUGUCUCGCUUCGCUCGGCCAGAGCGAAGACAUACAAGUUCACCUGCUGGAGCAAUGGCCAAGUGGUUUCAAAAUGAAAAUUAACCAUGUCAUGUCUCAGAGCGUAACAGGAGGCUGGAGAAUGAGCCUCAAGUUUUCAAAGCGGGUGGGUCCAAUGCAAUUUCCGAACGCUCAUUGGCUGUCUGCUGACGAGGGGAAUAGGGUCUUCUGUUUGAAGAAUCGGCAAUACAACGCGGAUCUUCAGGCUGGAUCGAGGCUGCAGAUGGAGUUUAUUGGCCAAAAGGCCAUCAACAAUGAAGCAGCGCCAUCAGCAACUCUCGAGCUUCACCCAGGAAGGAAUGCCAAAUGCGAUAUGUCCCCACCCCCAACCGUCAUUCCGCCUGGAGCGACCCCUCCCGUGCAAGAAACAUCUACCGCCGAAUUGAUUGAAGACUGGCCCAAUGGAUUUAAGAUGAGUAUUAAUAUUCUUAUGCAGCAGAAGGUUGAAGGGGGAUGGAAAAUGACGCUAAGGUUCCCCAUUCCUGUUAACAGCCUUCAAACACCUAAAGCGCACAAGAAAUGGAGAUCUCAGGAUCGUAAGGUGUAUACACUGGAGAACCAACCUCAUAACGCUUUCCUUAAAAAAUGUUCCAAGCUUGAGAUGAUUAUCAUUGGAGAGAAAAAAAUGAACUCUGACGCACCAAGUGAAGCCGCAAUUGAAUUCCGCCGCAAAGAAAACUGGACUGGAGGUGGUGGAGGGGGAUGUGCUCCUAGUACUACUCAGCCACCGAUAACCACAGGGUCACCAACUACGACUAAAGCACCAGAGCCACCAACUACAACUGAACCACCAACAACCAAAGAGCCACCAACUACAACUGAACCACCAACAACCAAAGAGCCACCAACUACGACUGAAUCACCAACAACUACAGAGCCACCAACUACAGCUGAGCCACCAACAACCACAGAGCCAGCAACUACGGCUGGACCGCCAAAAACCACAGAGCCACCAACUACGGCUGAAGCGCCAACAACCACAGAACCACCAAUUACGACUGAAGCGCCGACCACAGGUCGACCUAUUAGUAAGCCCCCCAAAUACGACUAUGACUCAGUUCUUCACGACUCCAUUUUGUUUUACGAAGCCCAACGAUCAGGGAAACUUCCUAUUUCCAACCGAGUUCCCUGGCGAAAAGACUCGGCGCUGAAUGACCGCGGACAGAAUGGUGAGGAUUUAAGUGGUGGGUGGUACGAUGCCGGAGAUUACGUCAAGUUUGGGUUUCCAAUGGCGUUCAGUGUAACUAUGCUGUCGUGGGGUUUGGUUGAAUACAGAGAUGCUUAUGUAGAUGCUGGCGAGUUGAACUAUAUGUUAGAUUGCAUUAAGUGGCCAUUAGACUAUUUUAUGAAAGCGCACAUUAAACAGGAGGAAUUCUAUGGACAGGUUGGUGAUGGACACACCGACCACGCCUACUGGGGUAGACCAGAAGACAUGACGAUGGCGCGUCCAGCCUGGAAAAUUACUCCACAGAAACCAGGAUCCGACUUGGCUGCUGAAACUGCGGCCGCCCUGGCAGCCGCUUCCAUUGCCUUUCGCUUUUCAGAUGUAAGCUACUCCAUGAAACUACUCCAACAUGCGGCAGACCUUUACGAGUUUGCAGACAAAUACCGCGGGGUGUACAGUGAUUCCAUUCCUAACGCAGCCAGUUUUUACCGAUCCUUUAGUGGGUACAAGGACGAGCUUGUCUGGGGAGCAGCCUGGCUUUACAAGGCAACAAAAGAUAAAAAAUACCUUACAAAGGCCGAGCAGUAUUACAAACAAUUUGGUAUGAAUGGAAAGCCCUGGGCAUUUUCAUGGGACGACAAAAAAGCUGGCGUACAAGUCCUUCUGGCUGAGAUAACAAAGAAAGCUUCGUACAAGCAAGCUGUGGAUACAUUCAUCACAAGCUGGCUGCCUGGACACGAGGUACACUACACCCCAAAAGGCCUUGCGUGGCGAGAUCAGUGGGGUCCAAACCGCUACUCGGCCAACACAGCGUUCUUGGCACUAGUCGCCGCUGACCAAGGAGUAAAACCGUCUGCGUUCCGCGAAUUUGCAAAGAAGCAAAUUCAUUAUAUGCUGGGUGAUAGCGGGCGCAGUUUUGUAGUAGGAUUUGGUACCAAUCCACCAGAGAGGCCUCAUCAUCGGAGCAGUUCCUGCCCGCUCUCUCCAGUCCCUUGUAACUGGGAUAACUUUAACAGUCCAAGUGCCAACCCGCAGACUUUGUACGGCGCGUUAGUGGGAGGCCCGGGUAAGAAUGACGAGUAUACGGAUGACAGAAAGGAUUUUAUUAAGAACGAGGUGGCUACAGAUUACAAUGCCGGGUUCCAGUCUGCUGUGGCUGGGCUGAAACACUUAGCUCUUACAGGAGGACUUUGAGGGGAUUACAAAAUAAUCGGGUUACUUUAGAGUUUUUUAGUUGAAGGAAGUUUCACUCUUAAUCGCUACGUACACCAAUCUCUAGUCAGCUUUUAGCGAAAUAAAAAUGAUCAUUAUUGAGGUAAUUUCCAUCU